GACGUCGUACCUUAUCUUCUCAUUUGACUGUUUUAACUGAACUAUCUAUCUUUCCUUCUUCUUCCUCCUCUAUACUUUCACUCUCUAUCUCUUCAUUGGAUUCAACAAUGGCUUCUCUUUCAGCAGCUACCUCUAUCAGGUUCUUCCCAUCAUUUACCCAGAUAUCUGGAAGAAGUUCGAGUUUGAAAUUAGUAUCCCUUAAUUGGCCAAAGAGUGGUUUCACUUCCUUGAGGACUUCUCGCCUACGCAUUUCUUGCUCUGCAAAACCUGAAACAGUGGAUAAAGUUUGUGCAAUUGUUAGGAAACAAUUGGCUUUGUCUCCUGAAACUGUGCUUACACCUGAAACAACUUUUUUGGAUCUUGGAGCAGAUUCAUUGGACACUGUUGAAAUUGUGAUGGGGUUGGAAGAAGAGUUUGGAAUUACUGUGGAAGAGGAGAGCUCAGACAACAUUACGAAUGUGCAGGAAGCAGCUAAUUUGAUUGAGAAACUGCUACAAAAGAACACUUAGUUUCAAAUUUUCUUCAGAAAAAAAUGAGAACUUUUGAGUUUGUGUUUUGUAUGGAUCAUUUGGGUUGAUUUCUUUUUUGUAUUUUUGGAGGAACCAUGUAAUUUAACUAGGUGGGAUUCAGUCGGCUUCCAAUUUUUCCUUUGAAAUUGAUUGAUUGUGGUCUCUGCAAUUUGUUCUUGAGUCAUAUGCAGUUCUUGUUCUCUGAGUA